AUGUCCUCACUUGUCUGCAUGGUCGCUCUGCACCCCCUGUCCUACAAGAUCAUUCGCAAGACACAGCUUGUGAGUAAAAAACUCAACUCCGUUAGACACAUUGAUCACGUCAAGGACACUCGGUCUCAGCGUACUACAGCCAAAACAAAGGUUGAGUUCUUCUUCUACGAUAAUCAGAAGCCUCGAGACGAAGAAACGUUGCGUGCAAUCACCCAUCUAGCCUAUCACGCUGCGUCCUCGCUCAAGAUCUGCCCCCGGGCAAUCUUCGUCAGGUCUGGUGUGCAUUGCACCACAAGAAGCAAGACAGGAUUCUUCGUUAAGGACCCCGCAGGAUCGCACAUAACGCUUAAUAUUAAAUCACGUCACGCAUGGCACGGGAAAUAUUCCUUUACGGCACACGCCUACGUCGGUUCUGACCAAGAUUGGACACUUACAUGGGCAACCAACUCUCGCCAGAAGCCCGACCAAACGGAUUGGCAGGAUAUUCCCGGUGUUUUCUCAAUGCUGGUCAAAAAAGAUGAGUUCCAAUGA